AUGUCAGAUCAAAGCAAAGUGCUGAUGAGCUAUGUGGGAAGCACACGCAACACUGUAGAGCUCAAGAUAUACAAUGAAACACACACGCUUGGGAGUAUGCUGUCUGAAAGACUCCUUGAGGAUAAAAGAUGUUUGUUUAGUGCAUAUAAGAUAGAUCAUCCUACAGACAGCCACUUGCUUCUGAGAAUCACAGCAGAACGGGAAUAUCCAGUGAAGAAUCUAUUGUUAGAUACACUCAGAAAAAUAGAAGAAGAUACUGCCUCACUGAUAUAUCAGCUCAAGGAGUUGUAG